CCCCCUGCUUCCUGGAUCUCCACACCGGCUGAGCCCUCGGACAGUAGCCAGAGGGGUCCUGGACCCCAGGCAUGGGCAGCGAUUCCCCGGGGUGCAGGGUUCCCAGGCUCCGGCUCCUCGGGGCAGCCCCAGCAGAGACUCUGGCUGGGUUCUGGAUGCACAGAGUCCAUGUAACUGCUCCGUCAUCAAUAACUAUCUGGAUGCCAGCGAGCCCGUGUCCUCGGAGGCCCGUGUGAGUCGCAUGCACUUCUACGACAACCAGAGGAAGGUGGACUACGUGCUCGCCUACCACUACCGGAAACGUGGGGCACACCACGGCUCCCCUGGCCACUCGCUGGCCGUCAUCUCCAAUGGGGAGACGGGCAAGGACCGCCAUGCGGGGGGACCCGGGGACAUCGAGCUGGGGCCCCUUGAUGCCCUGGAGGAGGAGAGGAGGGAGCAGCGGGAGGAGUUUGAGAGCAACCUGAUGGCGGCUGGCCUGGAGCUGGAGAAGGACUUGGAGAGUAAAAGCCAGGGAUCCAUCUUUGUCCGGAUACACGCCCCGUGGCAGGUGCUGGCCAGAGAGGCAGAAUUCUUGAAGAUCAAAGUUCCCACCAAGAAAAUGUACGAGAUCAAAGCAGGAGGCAGCAUAGCGAAGAAAUUCAGUGCGAUUCUGCAGAAGCUGAGCUCGCCUCUGCAGCCUAGGGUUCCAGAGCACAGCAACAACAGGAUGAAGAACCUCUCCUACCCAUUCUCCAGGGAGAAAAUGUACCUGUACAACAUCCAGGAAAAGGACACCUUCUUUGACAAUGCCACCCGCAGCCGCAUUGUGCACGAGAUCCUGAAGCGCACGGCCUGUUCCCGCGCCAACAACACGAUGGGUAUUAACUCUCUGAUAGCAAGCAACGUCUACGAGGCUGCCUACCCGCUUCACGAUGGUGAAUAUGACAGUCCAGGGGAGGACACGAAUGACAGAAAGCUGCUGUAUCAAGAGUGGGCACGCUAUGGAGUGUUUUAUAAGUUUCAGCCCAUUGACCUCAUCAGAAAGUAUUUUGGAGAAAAAAUUGGACUGUAUUUUGCCUGGCUGGGGUUAUAUACAUCAUUCCUCAUCCCAUCUUCGGUAAUUGGGGUCAUCGUGUUUCUGUACGGAUGUGCAACAAUCGAGGAAGAUAUUCCCAGCAAAGAGAUGUGUGACCAGCAGAAUGCCUUCACCAUGUGUCCCCUGUGUGACAAGUCCUGUGACUACUGGAACCUCAGCUCAGCCUGUGGGACUGCACGGGCCAGCCACCUGUUUGACAAUCCCGCCACUGUUUUCUUCUCCAUCUUCAUGGCUCUGUGGGCCACCAUGUUUCUGGAAAACUGGAAAAGACUACAGAUGCGGCUGGGCUACUUCUGGGACUUGACUGGCAUAGAAGAGGAAGAAGAGCACUCACGGCCUGAAUAUGAAACCCGAGUUCGAGUGAAAAUGUUAAAGGAGAGCGACAAGUCGGUGGUCCAGAAAUUGGAAACAAAUGCGACUGAAAGUGAUGGUGAGGAUGAUGACGAAGAUAAACUGAGCUGGAAGGACCGGUUCCCAGGUUACUUGAUGAACUUUGCCUCCAUCUUGUUCAUGAUUGCCUUGACGUUCUCGAUCGUCUUUGGGGUCAUUGUGUAUCGGAUCACAACUGCAGCUGCUCUGUCUCUUAACAAGGCCACACGCUCUAAUGUCCGGGUGACAGUCACAGCAACAGCGGUCAUCAUCAACCUCGUAGUCAUCCUCAUCCUGGACGAGAUCUACGGGGCUGUGGCCAAGUGGCUCACCAAGAUAGAGGUUCCAAAAACAGAACAGACUUUUGAAGAGCGCUUGAUACUCAAAGCUUUCUUGCUAAAGUUUGUCAACGCCUACUCCCCCAUCUUCUAUGUGGCCUUUUUCAAGGGGAGGUUUGUGGGCAGGCCCGGAAGCUACCUGUACGUGUUUGAUGGCUACCGCAUGGAAGAGUGUGCUCCGGGGGGCUGCCUCAUGGAGCUCUGCAUCCAGCUCAGCAUCAUCAUGUUGGGGAAGCAGCUGAUCCAGAACAACAUCUUCGAGAUUGGAGUCCCGAAACUAAAGAAACUGUUUCGGAAGCUGAAAGAUGAGACAGAACCUGGAGAAGCUGACCCCGAGCAUUCCAAACCUCCAGAGCAGUGGGACCUGGACUAUAGCCUGGAGCCGUACACUGGGCUGACUCCGGAGUACAUGGAAAUGAUCAUCCAGUUCGGUUUUGUUACUCUCUUUGUGGCCUCCUUUCCUCUGGCGCCUGUGUUUGCCCUUCUCAACAAUGUCAUCGAAGUGCGGCUUGAUGCGAAAAAGUUUAUCACAGAGCUGAGACGGCCGGAUGCUGUGAGAACCAAAGAUAUUGGAAUUUGGUUUGACAUUCUCUCCGGAAUCGGCAAGUUCUCUGUGAUCAUCAACGCGUUCGUCAUUGCCGUCACCUCCGACUUCAUCCCCCGCCUGGUGUACCAGUACUCCUACAGUCACAACGGGACUCUGCAUGGCUUUGUGAACCACACACUCUCCUUCUUCAAUGUCAGCCAGCUGAAGGAGGGGACGCAGCCAGAGAACUCACAGUUCGACCAGGAGGUUCACUUCUGCAGGUUCAAGGAUUACCGAGAGCCGCCCUGGGCACCGAACCCAUAUGAGUUUUCCAAACAGUACUGGUCCGUUCUGUCUGCCCGACUGGCUUUCGUCAUAAUCUUCCAGAACCUGGUGAUGUUCCUGAGCGUCCUUGUGGACUGGAUGAUCCCAGACAUCCCCACGGACAUCAGCGACCAGAUCAAGAAAGAGAAGAGUUUGUUGGUGGACUUCUUCCUGAAAGAGGAGCAUGAGAAGCUCCGGCUCACUGAUGAGCCGGCCCCGAGGAGCCAGGGAGCCCAGGACGGCAGCAGGAGGAGCCGCGCAGCCAGCUCAGCUCCCUCGGGCCUGAGCCUACCUGGCAGCAGGGCUUCUUCUGGCUCCCAGCACACCAACGUCUGAGCAGCCCCAGCCCGGCCACAGGGGGCGCUGCAGUGGCUGGCACAGGGCCCUGGCUGCAAAUCCCCACCCAGCGGUGGCAGACCUGUGGCACACAGCCACCUGUUCCGUAUCACAAAAGCUCUGAAAGGUUUGUUCACUGCAAGCCGAGCUCACUCCUCCCUCCGCCGGGGUCCAGCUUGGGAGUGGCUCAGAAGCGAAGUGUCUGAAAAUAGAGAAAGGGACAUUAAGAGCGAGUGAGUGCUAGGAGGAGGAGCCUUGAGUCGCUUCUCUGAAACCUCAAGCUUAAGAUUCUCUUAGUCCCUUCCUGAGCUGUGACCUUCUGCGGGAUUGGCACCUUCUUGGGUCUCUGUCCCAGUCCCAGAGUCCCCAGGCACCAGGCGCUUUCUCCCCAUGUUCUCCCUCUUCGCUGUGGAUCCAGGUGACCACAGGCUGUGUGAGAAGUACAGGCAGUCCCCGUCCCAGCCCCACUGUAAGUGACUCCACGUCCUCCCUAUCACCCCAGACACCCCUCUGAGCCACUGGAAGCUGGGCACUCAUGGGCCUUGGUGGAUACAAAGUCCUGAGUGUGCAGACACUGGACACGGUGGUGAGGACCAGGUCCAGCCUGGGCUGGUCUCCAGCUCAUGUCACGGGGGCCCCUGGGGCUGGUGCAACCAACUGUCGUUUUAUGCAGAUUUAAAAUAAA